AUGUUUAUAAAAAUUGUGUAUUAAAUUAAAAUUAAUAUUCGUUCCAGCUGAUGGUCAUAAUAAGUUACGUGAAAAAGUGGCAAACGGUAUGGAAAAUCGCGGUGGACUCAGCGGUACCGCUGAGUUAAUGUACGCUUUAAAAUGGGAUAAUCAACUUGAAUACGUGGCAACAUGUUGGAAUAAGCAAUGUCAAUUUGAUCAUGAUAAAUGUCGAUCGACGGAAGAAUUUCCGAAAGUGGGGCAAAAUCUUUAUUGGUCAUCGGGACAAGCUUGCGAUUGGAAACGAGAUUUAGAUGCUGCUCUACAAGGGUGGUAUGAUGAAGUGAAGGAUAUGAGUGAUCAAUGUUUGCAUCAAUUUGGAGUUGGAUGUGAUACAAUGAAAGUUGGUCAUUUCACUCAAUUAGCUUGGGGUAGCACUGCCCGGGUUGGAUGUUCUUUAGUUGAAUAUGACGGGCAAUGUCAAAUAGCUUGUAAUUAUGGUCCUUCCGGAAAUUUCCAGGGUCAACCAAUGUAUGUUCGUGGCCCUGCAACUUGCGAAUUUGAUAGCGUAAAGUAUAAAAAUUUGUGUCUGCUACGUGCUGACGAUGAAUCAGGGGCUAAAAGAAUUAAAGGAAUUUACAAAAAUUUAUAUCUAAUAAUAUACUUAAUAAUUGUUAUUGGAAUUUAUUAUUAAAUAAAGAUCCAAGGAUGUUUCGGUGAUUAAAAAUUGAAAUCUUGUCAAUUACUAUUGUCAAAACGUUAUUCCAAAAUGAA